UCAUGCGAUAUACGGCCAUUUUGUGUUGUGAAGAGCAAGCGAGAGAGAGAGAAAAGGAGGAAAAACUGUAUGCUGUUGUUGUAUACCGCGCCAUCCUGCGAAGGAAAGGAGUACAACCGGUCAUAUGUUAACUACCAUUACAUCGGAAUAAUCGUCUAUUGCUGCAAAUAAAAUUCACGAUGGUACUUGAUAAAAGGUGAUAAACACUAAUCCAGCAAAUAUGAGUGGAAAAGAAGACAAUGUGAUGGAGGUGGACAACAAGGAAGAGGAGGAGAAAGAAAAGCCAAAAGAUGAAAGUGGGGAUGACGGUGAGGAGGAAGAGGAGGAGGAAGAAACUCCCAAGCGGCGGACUCCGAAGACGUUAACAGAAAAGAGACUGAGCCGUCUGAGUUCUGGAAUGGAAAUGAGAGGCAUGAUGACAGAGUCGUACCCUUGCAAAGAGUGCAGUGCGUCUUUCUCUCGCAAGAGCAAACUGGACUAUCAUGUAGCGAAUGUUCAUCCGAAACAGCCAGUUAUUCCAAUCGAGGAAAAAAGUCCCGGGAGGAGAGGCCGCAAGCCCAAGACACCAAGGAAGAACGAGAAAGCAGAAAAGCCAGAAAAAGCACCGAAAUCGUUGACCCCCGAAGUCAAGAAAGUUGGAUCUGGACAUCAGGCGGAAGUGCAGAGAGCAAUACAGAAGCAGUUGCUGCAACAACAGCAGCAACAUCAGCUACUACAGCAUCAGCAGCAAAUGCAACAGCUGCAAGAGCGGCAACUCCAGCAGCAGUCACAGGCUAUUAUUUUCCAGAACAAACAACAAUCCAAACUGCCAAAGGUGACGAAUAUAAGUAAUGAGAAGGUCAAAUAUAAUUGGGGCUACUAUUGCACAGCCUGUGAUAUGUACUUUGCAAACAUGUUUGCCCAGCAGUUCCACUGUCUCCACGGCCAGGCCAAGUUCCGUUGCGAAGCUUGCUGCAUCUGCUUCAAGCUACGGAAGAACUUCAUGAGCCACGUCCAGAUGGUCCAUGGUGUUGACAUUCCGGAGGAGGUUUUAGCAAGAAUGAGACCCCGCUCAGAGAUAAGGGCGAAGCAGGAAGCGGAUGCUGAAAAGAAUGGACAAAAGAAAGAGGAAUCGGAACCGGUUGACCUUACAAAAGAUGGUAAUAACAGUUUAAAUGAAAAGUCUGCAAAGUCAGAAGUGGAACCAGACAAAGUGAAAAGUGAUGAAAGUGGUAUUAGUGAAUCCAAACAACCAUCAUCUGAAACACAUGCGAAAGAAAAUGGUGAAAAUGAACUUGUGAAAAGUGAUGCCAAUGAAUCUGGGAAAAGUGAUGCUAAUAAAACUGUGAAAAGUGAUAAUGAAACUGCAAAAAGUGAUUCUAGUGAAACUGCAAAAAGCGAUGCUAAUGAAACUGCGAAAAGUGAUACUAAUGAACAUUCCACUGCUGAGCAGCCGCAGGAUGGGGAGAAAAAAGAAGAGACAGUCAAAGCAAAAGACAAAACAAGUGAAGAACCAGAAAUAAUAUGCAUCUCUGAUUCACAAGCCAAAAAGGGGAAGGUCCUCCAGUUGAAAGCAGUAACGGAUGUUAAGCAAAGCGAAAGUGGUGGUAACAGCAGUGCCGAUGAAAGUGACAAAAAGGAUGAAGGGCGUGUCUACCUGACGACAGUUCGCAUGGGUAAUACCUAUGUUACUCUGCCAUCCGGAGAAAAGUGGAUGAUAGAAUGCCUGAGAUGCCACCAGGCUUUCUUUAAAAUGGAAGAUGCAUCUGUUCAUAUGAAACAACGUCCCGGUUCCCAUUUCAGCUGUCCUCACUGUCAUUACAGUUCCACUCUGUACAGCCAGUGCGAUUAUGAGAUUCACAGGUUGCGGACACAUAGCUUCCCCUGUGCGCAGUGCAGACAGUCCUUCAUAUUGGAGUGUCAGCGUGACAUGCAUGAGCAAAAGAUCCAUAACUACUUCCGGCAGCUGAUGCGACGGAAGCAUCCUCCUGGAGCAUCUGGAAAGACGCCCGCAUCUGGUGCCCAAGUUAAGUCAGUAGCAGGAACAAACAGCGGAAACACCAAUCGCACGAUUGUGGUCCAGAGUGAAGGAGGUACUUCUUCAAGUAAAGGUGUCGCCAAAUCUGUCGUCAGUCGUGAUGGAUACCCUGUUGUGAGGACACAAAGGACUCCUUAUGUUUGUCUUAUGUGUGAUCGUGAUUGCUAUACAAGAGACGCCUUGGAGCACCACAAAAAGACAUUUCAUUCAGCAGUAUACCGCCCCACUGGCAAAAUCACACAUCCAAUCUCGAAGAGCUCCAUAGCCUACAAGACAAACCGUUACCCUACCGGAUCGAUCAACCGGAAUGCCCCUGUUAGCAAGAUUCUGCAGGAGAUGAGGCAAGGGCCUGACCUCAAAUCUGCCAAUCGCACUAUAGCAGUAGCAGCCUUGCAGGACCCCUACCUUGAGCCCAAUAAGAUUCCCCAUGCUUACAUCUCAAGGAUAAAGGUAGAUCUACCUGAUGCCAACAAACUCGUAGAUACAAUCAGGAAUGAACUGUUGAAGGGUCCAACAAAUUUUUCUAUGCCUAACUAUGCCAAACCCUCAAAGUUCAACAAGGACAUGGUGACGAAUCCAGCUGUUGUGAAGUUGUCCAGGGAAGUUGCUUACAAGCUCUAUUUUGAUCUCCAGGGCCCAUGCAACGAGUCAGACAAGAUGAACUACAAAGAACCAGAGAAGGUCCUCUAUAAGAUCCCGAUGGGUUGUCAUAGCCACAAGCUGAAAGAUGUACCUCUAUUCCCCACCCUUGAAGACCUCAUAUUCCGGACUAAUAACUAUACUGUCCCUCCUCUAAAUACAAUAGCUCCUGUAGAGUUAUUUACCGGAUUCCAAGGUGAACUUUCCAUGAAGGACUCUGUCAGUUUCUCUCAAGAGCUUGACAACUGCAUGUUUGGUUGCUUCACAAAAACGAUGCGUGCCUUGACUAUGAUCUACAGCAGCCGAAGAGUCGCUGUCAGUGAAGGUUUUUGGCGUCUCCAGACAAAAGCCCUCAUUGCCAUUCUCAAGGAAGUAGAGGAACAACGCAAGAAGGAAAUUGGGGAAAGGGCUAAGGCAGCAUCUGUAGCUGCCAAAGCUGCUGCAGCUGCUGCGGCAAGUGCACGUCCUUUGAAGUUGAAAGACUAUCCUCAGACAGUUGAGCCAGGUUCACACGUGUUGCUUCCUAAUGGUGGUACUCUUGAACAAACGUCAGAAGGUCAGCCCAUGAUUCAACUAGUUGGAAACAAAGUCCCUGGGACAUCAGAUGAAUCAGUUCCAGAUGUAGUUAUUGUCUCAGCAGACUCCAAGGAACGUUCACUCCCCUCUCCCGUUAGCACCAAUGCAUCAGGAAUCAGUGAUCAAAGCAAGGCAGAAUCCAGCAAGGCAUCAUCUACCUCAGUCGACAAACCAGAAAUACCUACUCUUCAGUCUCUGGCCAAGAGGGCAGCAGAUGACAAAAAUGGGAAACAGGAUGAAGGAGGGGAGUCAAAGGAAGAAGAGAAGGAGGAGAUGAAGGAAGAGGAGAAGGAGAAGCCAAGGGAUGGGGAGACAAAGAAGGAUGAGGGCAAUGGAGAGAAGGAGGAGGAGGAUGAUGAGCCAAAGAAGAAGAAGAGGAAGACAGAAAAUGGUGAUGACGAUGAUAAGGAAGAAGUCCUUGUCAAUGGCAGCUCAUCACCCCCUCCUGGUGAAGGGAAUGGACCCGCCAUGAAUGGGAUGCAGAAUGGACCUGCAGAGGGAGGGAAUCCACCAAACAGCACAUCUUCCUCUGAAUCCAAAGUCAGCCAGAUAUCUGUCACUGAUGCUUCUCAGAAAGGUUCCAAGCUGAGCAGCACCGAGGGAACUACCACGGCACCGACUGAACAAGCCAACAACUUGACCAAUGGUAUCUUGCAUGCACAGCUCAAUGGAGGCACCUUCCAACUACCCACCAAUGGUACUACCUUUCAGGCUCCCUUGAAUGGAGGUUCUAUUCACACCCCAUCAAAUGGUGGUAUAUUUCAGACACCACUCAAUGGUGGCACCCGCAAUGCUCAACUCAGUGGCGUUGCAACACCAGUUGUCGGUGGUAACAAGCUUUUUAAUUUGAACCUGAGCAGCGGUCAGCUGAGUCUACUGAAUGGCAUACCCGUUCAGAUCAAAGCCGCUGGAAAUUUGGGUAGGAACACGCUUGGGAAAGGGGUCAUUCGACUAGGCAGUGGUAUUGGAACGGGUGGUUCUGUAGGAACCGUCAUUAGUGGUCUCAAUGGCGUAGGUAACGGAUUUGUAGGUGGUGGUGGUGUACAGGGGGGCGGUGGUGUACUACUCUCUGUUCCUCAUAGCAAUGUUCAAUUGAUGCCAGUGCCGAAGCUGGCUUAUUCUGUAGGCGCUGUUUCGGCUGUGGCAUCCGUUCAAAACAUUCCUUCGCUACAGGUACGUCAGAAGCCCAUCAGUCUGGCUGUGAACAACAAUUCCUAUGCUUCUCCUGUAUUGUCUAAAACAAUUAUCCGUAAUCCUACAACAACCCUUUCUCCAGCUGCUGUAACCAAACCUACUAUUAAGGUUAAGCCCACCAUUACUAAGCUGGGCAAUGGAUUGGUCCCUGAGAAGAUUGCCCAGUUCAUCAGUCAGAACUUCAUCAGCAUCAAACCCAAGCAACCUGGAGCAAACAAUGUCCCCACGAAAGGAGAAUCUCUGCCUACAUUGCUCAAGGUUAAUAAUCUAGCAGCAGGUGUUAAAACCGAUCCGAAGGUGGAUGAACUGAUCAAAGUCUGUAAACUGACAUCACCGAAUGGGCAGUCAACCGUUGCUGCUGGAAACUCAACGGAGGAAGAGUUUGUCUUGACACGAAUUUUGGAGUCUAUAGCCAUCCUCAAGCAGCUGCAGACCAGCAAGUUCCUACCGGAAGCGCUUUGCAAGAAGAUCACCCCACUGUGUGAGAAGAUUGUUCAAGCGUCAACAACCAUGGAGGACAAGGAGGAUCUGUCAAGGGAGGUAGAUUCCAUCCUAAAGACAGAGGCCAAGGAAGCUAUGAAGCUUUUCAACCAGGAAACGGACCUCAAUGACAACAAGUGUCAACAGGCCAGUGCUGCAGAUGGAACGAGUCAAGAUGCCAGCGCAAUCGACCAGUUUUUGCAGAGCCUUGCCAAGCGCAUCAAAUACAUACAGUCACGGCUGACCGCCAGGAGCAUCGACCCCAUCAGCAUGACUGAGAUUGUUCCUUUGUGCCAAGACAUCUGUGAUCCUAAGCUCACCCUAACCAAGAAGGUCCACGUCAUCAAGGAGAUUGAAGACAAGAUCAAGGCGUAUGAGACAGAGGCUCGUAGCCAAGCAGCAACUCCUGUGGACAUCGCUGCAGUGCCUGAGGAGAUCGAGGUGGACGAAGAUGCUUGCGUUUACUUCAAGCUUCAACUGGAUGAUGGAAGCAGUGCAAUGGUCUGUAUGAAUGACCUAGAGGAUGCCUACCAAGCUAUAUCGGACCUUGCCCGACUAGAGGUCAGGGUGAAACGUAUGAACCAGAAUGAUGUCAACAGAGAGAAGAGGAAACUCAAACGAAAGAAGGUAGAGGUUGAUGAGGACAAAGCUGGAAAAGCAGAAUCAGCAUCAAGUGCAACACCAAAUGCAAGCUCAUCUGGAUCUAGGAAGAGGAAGUCUUCGAGUGGAGAUGCACCCAGCAGCAAGAAAAAGAAGUAGGUCCAAUGGCAGGGAUAUUUUCUUGUUGCACCGGUAAGAGAACGUAUAUUCAGGAACUUGUGAAGGACGUAUUGAAAUGCAUUUGGUGAUGGUUGAUUUAAGGGUUCGCAAACCAGUGUUGUGUCGAUAUUUGUGACGUCAUAGAUUUCAUAUAUGGAGUCAAGGUUCUCAUGAAAGGGUUUCAUGGUUGGAAACAUUCAUCCUGCAGUAAUGACAGUAUAAUGCUAUUAAGUUGUUUAUAUUUGAUAUGGGCCCUGUCUUUUAAAUAAAAUGAUCUGAUCAAUCUCAAAUAUGUUAAUGCAUCAAUGUCAUAAUUAUUUGUAUAGGAUAUCUACAGUCUUUGGAAGUCAAGGUGCUUAAAGAGUUCCAUGGUUUGUAACAUUCAUCCUGCAGUAAAAGUACAUUAUGUCCCUUUUAAAGUUGUCGAUAUUCGAUCUUUGCCCCGUCUUGCAAUGAGUGGUUAUUGAUCUGAGCAAUUGCAAAUGUGGAAAUCCAUCAAUAUCGUAAUUGCUUUAUAGGAAAUUUGCACUUCACCUCUUUGAAAACAAAGAAGUGCAUACUGAUUUGAAUACAAUCAUUCAUAGAGCAUUAUUAUGAAUGAUCAUGCAUUAUAGAUGUUGGUAUUGCUGGCUUUCCAUAGUUGCGAGGGAUCGGAUCAAUUAUAACGAGUCCUGGAAUCUAGUCAAGCUUUGAAUAAAGAGUUUAAACCAUCUCAGAGAAUAUACAAUGUACGAAUAGAGAAGGUUGGCCAUAUUUUAAAUGAUAUUUUUUAUAUAUUAUACACAGGAUAUAGAUCAGGAGAGUGUUUCACAAAGUUAUAACAAUGAUUUGAGUCUUGCUUAGUGCUGACAUGCACAUGAUUAUUUAACACGCAAUCUAAUUAAUGUGCAGUUACACAUGUCCUCUUUAAUAGAAUUAUUUUGACCAAUGCAGUGAUGCUUUUCAUUCAGCACGCAACUGGACAUUUUAGUGCGACUCUAAGUCAUACUUAACUCUUUAUGACCCCCCCCCCCCCGAUCUUAUUACGAGAGGCAUUUAUUGAUGGGAGCAUAGGAUUGAAUUGGGAAUACCCUUUACACAGAAAUUAUUAACCAUUUCACACAGCAUCUGUUUGUCCAUGUAUUACAAUGCUUUGUGUGAAAGCACUCUGAGUAAAUUCUACAUAUAGAAAACUGAAGUAAAUUUCUACAUCUCUACAGUAAAAGUGGUGCUUAUGAUGUCCGAGAACAUUGCUUUUUUUAUUUGUGAUGUAAUGAGGUAUAAUUCUAUGUAUUUAAUUAAGGAAAAGAGACGUAUUAAGAACUAACGGGUGCAAGUAAGUGACAUAAUUGUGGAUUUGUUCAUUUUAAUGGAAUAAAGUCAACUCUUAGCCAGACAUUUCAAGUUUUGACAUUCAGUUGUUUGAUGCUUACGUAAAACUUCUUCAAGAUCUGUAAGCCGGUGAUAUCCUCUUGCUUUGCCGGGUCUGAAAUCACUAAAAGCUAUAAUCGAUGUCAAGAGAGGUAAAAUCAAUUUGAUCGGAUUUGAUUGGUCAACAGCAUCUUGGGAUUGAUUUUAGCUGCUUGUGAAACUCCCCUUGUGCUUGCAGUCUGGGGCUUGAUGAUUUGAAGUGUUCUAAUGGAAAGAUAUGUUUUUGUCACAAGAGAGAUUGUGGUCAAUUUUUGUUUAGAUAGCUGAGAUAGAAAUCGAGAAUUGAUGGCAAAGAAUGAAAGAAUGCUUGAGAUAAUUAGUAAUGGAAAUGGAUUGUAAUUGUCUUUAUGGAAGAGGAUUAUGUAAGAUAUUAACCAACUCGAUACCUCUAAUUUAUACAAAUCGAUUUUGAUUGUCUCUGAAACGGUGUUUCGAUGAAUUGAUCAUUGGCAUUUAUUGUCUUAUAAUUAAUUGUUAUUGUAAGUUAUUGCGGUACAAAUGUUUAGUAAUUAUUGGACAACCAUUUUCUUCUGUAUGCCAGAGGCUAGAAGUGGGUGUUCCAAGUGUAUAAAAUACUAGAAUGUUAGACAGACAUUGUAUUUGAAGUUUGUGAUAUUUUGUGUACAUUACAAAGCCAUUAAGACACACAUUACAGAUAUAAUGCACAUUCAUUUCUAUUCAUAUACCUGUUGUCACUUAUACUUGUACAUCACAUAACUCCUAAAACAUAUUACGGGAUGUGCGUGUGUGUUAGAAUUUACAUGAAAGGAUUUCGUUUUAUAUACAUCUACAUGUACACAUUGAUAUUUCAUGGCAUAGGUUUGUAAAUUAUGUAUACAUCAUCCAUUUUCUCUCAUAUUCUAACAGUAGAAUACUAUUCACUUUUUGUAGUUGGUAAUGAAUACUCUUCAUUGUAAUUUUGAUGUAUAAGGAAAUUUAAGUUAUUUAAAUUUUGUACUUGUAUGUACUGUAUGGAAUCGGAUGCUAGACUGCAAUUACUUGUGCACAUACGUGAUUGUGUAAAAUUUAUGAUAUUGUGUAGCAAAGUUUGGACAUUUUCUUGAUGAUUUUGAUACAAAGCAUUUUGAUUAAGUAAUGGAGAAUGGCCUUGUCCAAUUCUUGAAUUUAUAACUUUGCCAGCUCUGCAAGUAUUUCGAUAUGGCUAUUGGUUUUGGGUUCCCGGUUGUACUCCAAUUGUGGGUUUCAUUUAGCGGUAUUUAUUUUUCAAUUUUCUUUUGAAAGGAGAUAGGAUGAAGACUAGAAUAGUUGGUCAUAUUUAUUGUGAUUUCUUCAUGGCAAUGUUUCAUAAAGCUUGUUUUCAAUUGUAAGUGAUAAAAGCUACUGAAAUCCUGCUAUUGGGUUGGUCUAUAGCAAAUUCUGGGUUGAAACUAAGCUUUACGAAUGCUUCAUAAAGCAUGUUUUCAAUUGUAAGUUU